CUGCGCUUGCGUGUAUCCGCACAGCCUCCUGGUCCCUGAAGGAAGACGGGAAAACAAGAUAGAGAGGGUGUUUUGUAACAAAAAAAAAAAAAAACCACAGAAUCGUGUUGUUAUAAUAUUACCGUGAUUUCCUGAGACAGAUUGUGACGGAGCGGAGCUAUGGCGCAGUACAAGGGAGCUGCGAGUGAAGGCGGGCGUGCAAUGCAGCUGAUGAAAAAGAGGGAGAAACAGCGCGAGGAGCUGCAGCAACUGAAGCUGAAAAUAGCCGAGGAUAACAUGGUGAAGUCCAACAUUGAUAAGAAGUUCUCUGCGCAUUAUGAUGCCGUGGAGGCUGAGCUGAAAUCCAGCACUGUCGGUCUGGUGACUCUCAACGAUAUGAAAGCCAAGCAGGAGGCCCUGAUCAAAGAGAGAGAGAAGCAGCUGGCCAAGAAAGAACAGUCCAAAGAGCUGCAACUGAAGCUGGAGAAACAGAAGGAGAAAAAACGCAAGGAGGAGGAGAAGAGGAAGAUUGCCAGUUUGUCGUUCAACCCCGAGGACGAGGAGGAGGAGGAGGACCAGGAAGAAGAGGAAGAGGAGGUUGACAGCUGCGAGGGUGACGAUGACUUGCCAGUUAAGAAAAGGAAACUGGGCAAAAAUCCUGACGUGGAUACCAGCUUUUUACCAGACCGGGAUAGAGAGGAGGAGGAGAACCGACUGAGAGAGGAGCUGAGGCAGGAGUGGGAGAGGAAGCAAGAGAAGAUCAAGAGUGAGGAGAUUGAGAUCACCUUCAGCUACUGGGAUGGAUCUGGGCAUCGUAGGACUGUGAAGAUGAAGAAGGGCAACACGAUGCAGCAGUUCUUGCAGAAAGCGCUGGAGAUCAUGAGGAAAGAUUUCAGCGAACUCAGAUCUGCUGGGGUGGAGCAGCUGAUGUACAUCAAGGAAGAUCUCAUCAUUCCACAUCAUCACAGCUUCUAUGAUUUCAUUGUAACCAAAGCCAGAGGCAAAAGUGGCCCGCUGUUCAAUUUCGAUGUGCACGAGGAUGUCAGGUUGCUCAGCGACGCCACAGUGGAGAAAGAUGAGUCUCACGCUGGUAAGGUGGUGCUGAGGAACUGGUACGAGAAGAACAAGCACAUUUUUCCAGCUAGCCGGUGGGAACCCUACGACCCAGAGAAGAAGUGGGAUAAAUACACGAUCCGAUAAAGGAAUCUUCAAAAAAAAGUCUGUGGACCGUUUUUUUUUUUUUUUUUUUUUAAUCCUGCAAGUGCUGUCCUUUUUCUUUCUUUCUUCUAAAACUGUAACCAUGAAUGAAAAAAGAUUGAAGUUGAACUGGAUUUGUGACAUGCUUUGACCUUUUUGGGGUCUGUAUUUUGUUUUAUUUAGCGUGGGUGUCGCUGUACACAUUAAACGCCUCUGUUUGCAAAGCUACCAGUAGCUCUAAGCAUUUUGACUCCUAACAUUUUAUUCUACUUAGAUCACCUGGUCUUGUAACCAAGUAUAUUGAGCAUCAAAAGAAAUGUAUCACUUAUAUUUGGAUAAAAUUCACGAGAUAUGAUCAAAAAAAUCUGUUUCAGAGCAGGUGCAGUGACCCUCUAUUGUGCUAAUUAUCAAUUGACGUCACAAAGAUGCUGCAGAAUGAUCUGUCGAUCUUGGGCAGGUGUUGUGACUCUUGGUCUCCCAGUUGGUGGCCUGUCAUUGACAGAGUGUGUCUGCUUAUACAGUCUCGCCAGGUUUGAAAUUGCUGGUUGUGAGCACCCAAAACGGAGAGCCACAGCGCGCUGCCCCAGUCAAGCCUCCAGCAUGCCGAUUGCACGAAGGCGCUGCUCUCUUCACAGACGUGGCACAUGUUUUUUUUUUUUUUUUUUGUGUUUUUCUUCAUUGCUUUUAUUCAAGCUUGCAAUUCAAUAGCUGAAAUCACUCCGUAUCCAGAGUCCAAUCAACUCUAUCACUAAUUAGGUGAUUAAGAGCUUCAGUCACUCCAGCGUGUCGUGGGCAAGGAUGAAGGAUCAAAUGAUUAAAAAGAAACCAGAAACAUUUUGUCAAUGUCCAUCAUUUACAUACUUAAUUUUUUUCAAAAAUAAAUGUUCUAAUAGUGUUAAGUUUCUUUUGAUUCUCGGUAUACUAACACCUAAUUGAACCAUUCAGCCUGGCCACUUUGUUAGAACAAUUGAAUUUGGCCUGGCGCUGGUGUGGGGGGGUGCUCCCUUGGUAUACCCAGGAUCCCUGGAUUACUCGGGUAGGCUGAGUGAAUAGUUUAUUAAGCGUCAUUACUGAACCUAGAUGGCAAUGGCAGCUUGAAUCCUUUCAAGGUUCACAAUGAACUGAACGCAUGUUUCUUCUUAAAAUCACAUUGGAGAACGACUGAUGCAUCUCUGAUAAUUUGGACAACCGGAAAAUCCCAGUACAUCUGAAACCCUGUUUUUUUUUUGGUUUUUUUGCAGGUAAAUUUAUGUAUGAUCAGUUUCACAAAACUACGGUAGCAAGUUAGGUAAUGUUACUGUCCCCAAGUGUCUUUCUGAUCGGCACUGUGUAUCCUGAAAUAGAGACGUUUUAAUGAAUGAAAUUACCAACCUGUAUAACUAAAACCAUGCAGAGAGACGCUGUAAAUUAUCUGUAAAGUUUUCUUGUUUUCAAUGUUUCCUCCUUAACCUUUGGUAAGCAAGCUGUUAUGUAAUAAACACUGUUGUGAAAAUGA